UUUGCAUUUCAGAACAGCAGACCCUUGAUCCAAAAACAGAACAAGUUACAAUAUGAACAUACUUUCCUGAACACAUAAGAUGAAAGGAUAUAAACUAGUACUUCUAGGCGACGCGCAGGUCGGAAAGACGGCAUUGAUAAACCGCCUUUUACAUGGAAGGCGUCUGGAGAAGUAUGAGCCCACAGAGGGGGUGGAUCUGACCCCCGUGGCCAUUCAAACCAACCACGGAAGUAUCCGCUUUAUCGUAUGGGACACCGCUGGCCAGCAGGAGUUGGGUGGCCUGCGCGAUGGCUACUACAUCGACGCCCAAUGUGCCAUCAUUAUGAUCGACGUCACCUUGCCCUAUUCCUCCUAUAUGAACUGGCACCGCGACCUGGUGCGCGUCUGCAGUAAAAUCCCGGUGGUAAUCUGCGGCAACAAGAAUGAGCUAAGAACGGAGCGCACGGAGCGCACGGGGUGCACACUGCAGGCAGCAUUUGGGCGGAUGAACCUGGUCUACUACGACAUUUCGCUAAAGUUUAAAAAUAACCUGGAGAAGCCAUUCCUGUAUCUGGCGCGUCAGCUAACUGGCAAUCAAAAGUUGAAGCUGGCUAUGUUGCCAAAAGCCCCCAGCUUAAUUAGAUUAACGGAGGAAGAAAACGAGUGUUAACACCUUUA